CGCUCCUUUCGCCCGGGCAGUGGCCGCCGCUCCCCGGUGCUGAGACGUCCGCUUCGCCGCCUCCCGGCUCGGUGACCCCGGCAGAAACCCAGCUGGUCGUGCGUGGAGGCCGGUCGCCACCGCUGAGUGGAAACAAAAUGUCAGUCAGUGUGCAUGAGAACAGCAAGUCCCGGGCCAGCAGCGGCUCCAUUAACAUCUAUCUGUUUCACAAGUCUUCCUACGCUGACAGUGUCCUCACUCACUUGAACCUUUUGCGCCAGCAGCGCCUCUUUACUGAUGUCCUUCUCCAUGCUGGAAACAGGACCUUCCCAUGUCACCGGGCAGUGCUGGCAGCGUGCAGCCGCUACUUUGAAGCCAUGUUCAGUGGCGGCCUGAAAGAGAGCCAGGACAGCGAAGUCAACUUCGACAACUCCAUCCACCCGGAAGUCUUAGAGCUGCUUCUUGACUACGCCUAUUCCUCCCGGGUCAUCAUCAACGAAGAAAAUGCAGAAUCGCUCCUGGAAGCUGGUGACAUGCUAGAGUUUCAAGACAUCCGGGAUGCAUGUGCAGAGUUCCUGGAAAAAAACCUGCAUCCCACCAACUGCCUGGGCAUGUUGCUGCUGUCCGAUGCUCACCAGUGCACGAAACUCUACGAACUCUCCUGGAGAAUGUGUCUCAGCAACUUUCAAACCAUUAGGAAGAAUGAAGAUUUCCUCCAGCUGCCCCAGGACAUGGUAGUGCAGCUCUUGUCCAGUGAAGAGCUGGAGACAGAAGAUGAAAGGCUUGUGUACGAGUCUGCAAUUAACUGGAUCAGCUAUGACCUGAAGAAGCGCUACUGCUACCUCCCAGAGCUGCUGCAGACUGUGAGGCUGGCUCUCCUGCCAGCCAUCUAUCUCAUGGAGAAUGUGGCCAUGGAGGAACUCAUCACCAAGCAGAGAAAAAGCAAGGAGAUCGUGGAAGAGGCCAUCAGGUGCAAACUGAAAAUCCUGCAGAACGACGGAGUGGUGACCAGCCUCUGUGCCCGGCCUCGGAAAACUGGCCAUGCCCUGUUCCUCUUGGGAGGACAGACUUUCAUGUGUGACAAACUGUAUCUGGUCGACCAGAAGGCCAAAGAAAUCAUUCCCAAGGCGGACAUUCCCAGUCCAAGGAAAGAGUUCAGUGCAUGUGCGAUUGGCUGCAAAGUGUACAUUACUGGGGGACGAGGGUCUGAGAAUGGAGUCUCGAAAGAUGUCUGGGUGUACGAUACCCUGCAUGAAGAGUGGUCCAAAGCCGCCCCCAUGCUGGUGGCCAGGUUUGGCCAUGGCUCUGCUGAACUGAAGCACUGCCUGUAUGUGGUUGGGGGCCACACAGCUGCAACCGGCUGCCUCCCGGCUUCCCCCUCGGUCUCUCUAAAGCAAGUAGAACAUUAUGACCCCACAACCAACAAAUGGACCAUGGUGGCCCCACUCCGAGAAGGUGUUAGCAAUGCCGCAGUAGUGAGUGCCAAACUCAAGUUGUUUGCUUUCGGAGGUACCAGCGUCAGUCAUGACAAGCUCCCCAAGGUUCAGUGUUAUGAUCAAUGUGAAAACAGGUGGACGGUACCAGCCACCUGUCCCCAGCCCUGGCGUUACACAGCAGCAGCUGUGCUGGGCAACCAGAUUUUCAUUAUGGGGGGAGACACAGAGUUCUCCGCUUGCUCUGCUUACAAAUUCAACAGUGAGACUUACCAGUGGACCAAAGUGGGAGAUGUGACGGCAAAGCGCAUGAGCUGUCACGCUGUGGCCUCCGGAAACAAACUCUACGUGGUAGGAGGCUAUUUUGGCAUUCAGCGAUGCAAAACUUUGGACUGCUAUGAUCCGACACUAGAUGUGUGGAACAGCAUAACCACAGUCCCAUACUCGCUGAUUCCUACCGCAUUUGUCAGCACCUGGAAACACCUGCCUUCGUAAACCUCACUUCCAAAAGAAAGUGAGCAUGAGCUCACUCCAUCACUUAGUGAGACAAAUGAUAUUUCUGCUCUGGAGAGGUCACGUUAACAAAGAGGAAGAAGAAAAAGAAGUUGCUAUCAAACUCCAUUACAAUCUGCUGCACCUUGUAAAUGAUGGAACUGGACAUGAAGGAAAGGGGUGGGGGUGGGGUGGGAUUUUCAGUGCAAAUAGCACAUGGUUUAAAUAUGAAUGAAUGAACCUGUGAUCUAGUCCUUGUCUUGUAAUUGUGGAUUAAUGUCAGCGUUAAUCAGCCCCUUAAAAGAGAGAAAAGCCGGACCUUUUCCCUUGCUGUACCAUAUUCAGCACUUGAUUUCCAUGGGCUCCACCAUUUAUGUGUAAAAUUUGAAAUGGUUGUCACCUCUCUCUGAGGAGCAAGCUUGAAGCCUCCACACCAGCUGCUGUUGGAGAGUGAAAACCCAGUCGUGGGGCCAGAAGGGGAGCUGCAGAGCCAGGACCACUGGAUUCACCACUAAUUUCUGAGGGGCUGUGCUCCCCAGGAAGGUCGCUGAACAAUGGGGAGCUUGUGGGUAGCCAUUUGGUGGAUGUUCUUUUCUAUUUAUAAGGGACUUUAAGCUUUCCCUUGGCUGUUAAGAUGUUCGUGAUAGAUUUAGCUAUUUAUUGUUGAUGCCUGCAUGCUGAAACAAUGCUUACAGUUGUCUUCACGUGUAUGGACGUGUGUGAAUGGUUGUGUGUUUUGCACUUUUUGUGGCUGUUGUGCUUUGCUGCACAGAAUGAAAACUUUUGAGUGACAAUUGGACUUUAACUGGAGGGUGGGUUGGGAGGGGGGAUUUUGCAAAUGUCAGGACAGGGAAGGGUUACAAGACAGAAAUGUAAAUUACAUCCUAGAGAUAGAGGACGCAUGGAGGUCACUUUUCUUAGACUCACCCACUUUAAUGGGGUUUCCUAGGCUGUGGUCAUGCUGAUGGCUGAUGGGGUGAAGGGAGGCUUCCUUCUGCCUUUCUCUUUCCUGUCUGUUUUACCCAAUUCAGUCUCAGCUACCGAAAAUUGGAAAGGACCAAAUCGCUUUGCAGUCUUUCUUCGUUUAAUAUCCUGAAAUCCUGGAAAAUGCUGGGGAAUCAUUCUGUAUAUAGGGCACAGGUGAAGGCAUUGUCCAAAGUUUAUUUAUUUAUUUAUUACUCUAUUCGCAUGCUUUGCCACAGCUGCAGUGAGUGGGAAAAACAAGAAUCAUUGAGUAAAUCAGUUCACUCACUAGAUGUCCUUGGCCUGGACUCAUUGUUCUCUAUUCUUGCUGUCCGAUUGGGCAAAUGCUAAAAGUUCUCCAAGAUGACGUUCAAAUUGGUGCAAAGGUAUACCUUAGUGCUUGCCCUUAGGUAAGGCUGUAAAACAACUCUUUGGUGCACAAAAGGAACCCAGGUUGGCCUGGACACACCAAAGAUCUGUCAGCAGUGGCCCCUGAUGAGAGGUUUUUCCAGGAUGCUUGGGAGUCAGUUGUGAAUACAUUCUUUCCUAGUUCGAGUGCUUGUUUACUAAAACUGUGCCGUGAUAGGUAUUAGUGCUAGAUUCAAGUAGGUGCUUCCCCAGAGGCGUCUGGGGAAGACCAACGUUUGCAACUCGCACUGCUUUUGUCAAUGUUUUUCACAUUACUGUAUUUUAGAAAAUAGGGUUUAAGGCUGAUGCAAACCUUUUACAUUGUGAGUGUGUGUGUCUCUAACAACAGAUAAAUCCUUAACAUUUCUCUCCACCUGAAUAUUUUAGGCUAAAUUGUCCAUGUCCGUCCAUGCUAUGAGUAAGUGGGCUAUAGUUGGACCAAAAAAAAAAUGAGCCGAUGGAAUAAAAAAGAUCAGUCUUUUCCAGCAGUCUGUCCCUCAUUCCUAGAUUUGUUCUAAGCAAUGCAAAUGUCUAAUUGUGCCCUGACGGCAUAGUCGGUGUUAUAUUGUAGCAGUUGCAGCUCUGUAGUUUAUGAUGCAAAUCUGCCGAGAUGAGUGUGUGUCACUGGCUUCUGAAAGCCGGGUGAGUUUUCUGCAGCUGUUUCAAAGUUGUGGUCUGUCCUUGAAUCCUCUGUUAAUUACUGUGUGUGAGCCAGAGGGAGCCAUGGUCAGGGUGGGCCCCCAGCCCGCAGGGAAGUUUCUGGACUCCCGCUUUUUGAAUUGAUGUGGGCAUUUGGGCUCACUACUUGACCAUUCUUGCCCUGUGAAACGUCCCAUGCUUUGAAGCAAAUACAAUUCACAGCACAGUGCACACAAAAAACUUGGCAUAAGACAGAGAAGGUUCUUCUUAUUCUAUGGACUGGUUGCUGUGGAAACGGAUAACAAAGGGCAGCCUUCCACUUCUGGUAUAAUUGUGUAGCCCCCUUUUCUCUGGGCUUGACACCUGUCUGAAUAAGAGUGAUUAGAGCUGAAUAAUAUCCCUCUCUUGGCUAUUGAAUAUGUGGUUCACGUACAAAACUCUGUGUAAGUCAAAGAAGUAAAGUUUUCAUGUUCACAUGUAUUUGUUUGCUACUACUAUGGUUUUGAGGUUUUGUAAAACUUAUUUUUUUUUUUCACAAUGUGAAACUGAAGGUCAAAUAAAUUAUUAGAGAUUUUCUCUUCA